GCAUAAACACCUCAGUUUAGCAAGUUUAAAGUGUAUUUAAGCAUUAUUUUUUUUAAACCAACGAUAAAGAACGAGAAAACCUUACCCAAAAUGAAGUCUUUUUAUAAAGUUCGUAUUCCGAGCGACAUCAUUAAUUGUGAAGCCUUUAUCGCUAUCAAGAAGGGUGUCAGUUUUGCAGAUUUUGUGGAAACAGUCUACAAUCGUAUGCCGAAUCUCCGUGUUUCACCGAUUAUAAUGUACUGUAAAGAUAGGGGUGAUAAGAUUAUCAUUCAAACCGAAUCCGAUUUCUCUUUGCUUGAAGAACUUUAUAGCAAGACCAUUUUCAUUAUGAAAGAUGUACCAGAAAGUGCAUUGUCUUUCGCCAUUCAAAUUGAACCAUUCAAAAAUGUAGUGGAAGAAACUUCAGACUCGGAUGACGACACUGAUUCUCUAUGCGAUACAAUCAGUGAUGAUGAAGUAAAUAAAGAAGAUUUUGCCAAUAUUCAGGAAAAAUCACCAGAGUACACCGACAGUGACUUUAUCAAUAUGCCACAAAAAGAUGUCCCUUCGAUUUCUGGAGUCUCUGACACUGAAACAUCCAAAGAAUGUGAGACUAACAAAGGUUUGUCAAGUGAUGCAUGGAAUCCCUUUUCGAAUGAAGUUAAAAAUGAUACUCGUGUAAUGAACGAUACAACAGUUGUCAAUGAACCAAAAAAAGAUCUAUGUUCAAUAAUUAAGGAAAUGGAAUACAGCGAUCUAAUUGAUCGUCUUGAAAUUGGCGCUGAAAGGUACCUGCAAUGGAAACGAGCUCAGUCAUAUAGUUAUGUGGCUGCCUUUUCAUCUCUGCCAAAACCAGAUCCAACAGGUGAUAACACCAAAGUAUCUUACUUGGAUCAACUGUAUCCAUUGGGGCGACAAUGUGAUGGAAUUCGGACUAUGAAAAAAGUACGAUUUGAUGACCAUUCAAAAUGAAUGCAUAAUGAUAAUGUGGUACAAGAUUACCAUACCAAGAUUCAAAAUAUUUUCUAUAAAAAAAUCAAAAACCAAUAGUAUCGAAUCUGAGUACUAAUCAUCACAACAUACCUUGCCUACAAAAAAUUAAAGAAUGUACAAUUUUUUCUUAUCUCAAACA